AUGUCAGUUUGGAAUCAUCUUGUGUGCGGUAGUCGAAUGAUUCACAAGAAGUGUCGUGUCACGGACGUCCCUUAUUUGCGGAGCAACGUUUACCGUUGCAAAGUGCCAGAUGAGAAGUUGGGAUGGAGUGUACCAUUCCCGGAAUACAACCCGCCAGACUACACUGACCCAAAGGUGGUAGGCAGAAGUUGGUCUGAUCCUGAGAUACAAGCAGGCAACUUCAGGUGGAAUGCGGUUGACGGAAAAGUCAAUAGGAAGUCAUACAUGGGUGAUUACUCUUUUGAUUCAACGUCAAGGCCAAUCAACCCAAUCGGUCGGACAGGACUUCGCGGGCGAGGCGUACUUGGAAGGUGGGGACCGAACCACGCUGCUGACCCGUUAGUCACCAGAAUCAAAGACGGAAAGCUGCAAUUUGUAGCCAUAAAAAGAUCGGACACAGGAGAAUGGGCCAUUCCGGGAGGCAUGGUGGACGCAGGGGAAGAAGUUUUCGAAACACUCAAACGUGAAUUUACCGAAGAAACACUAGGUGGUAAAGUACGAUCUGAAUUAGAUCGUUUAUGGGCAAAAGGACAAGAGCUGUACAGAGGUUACGUGGAUGAUCCCCGAAAUACUGAUAAUGCUUGGAUGGAGACCGUGUGCGUGAACUUUCACGAUUCCAGGUCUCUUGUGGAUAAAGUUGGACUGCAGGUUCGAUCUAGUUAUUUGUGCUAA